AGACAACAAGGUGCAGCGCAAAUUAACAGAGCGACUUUUCGGAGAGAAACACCACGAGAAUCACAUUGCGAUCGAGCGUUUACACUUCAACGAGCAUCCGGCCCCCGCUGAAGCUGUCGUCGUAUUCAAUCCUCAUGAGGCCUCUGAUAUAGGGUUGCACAACAAAGCCCGACCCAAGCGGGCCACCAUCGGAUCAUCUGCUACUCGGCGCCCGCAACCAUGGGUGUCUGCGCAUCAUGCCUCGGUAACAACCGCAGCGAACAAUACGAGGAGGACGACGACUCCCGACUGCUGAACGAUGAUAUAAACAACAUGCACUAUGGAAGCCUUGGGCAGCAGCAAUUGACCGGGCAGGAGGAUCCUCUUGAAACGCAACGAGAAAUCGAGGCUUUGCAGAGGGUUGUGGCCAGAACCUCCGACAACAUGGUCGACAUUUUCGAGAUCACCCCUCAAGACACACGAGCGGCGCCGAAGCAGUACGAUGUUGAAGGAGAGGAAGACCCCAAGAUGGCGAGAUAUCAAAGUCUGCUUUCAAAACUCUCUGAGGACGCAGCUCAGCAGCCGCUAAGCCUGAGCAGCACAGCAAGUACCAAGGUUGAUUGGGUACCGUGGGAUGAAGACAACAUCGAGAUGCACAACGGCGCCAUCGUACCGCCGCUUAAGAUCGAAGCCGCAGAACCAUUUGUUGGCACAUUUGCCGACGCCGCUGCCGUGGCUGCUGCAAGAUAACGAAGCGAUCGAUCGGAUUUUCUCAUUCUUUCUUCUGAGAGAGGGGGAAAAAAACGAACUGGUCUUGGGUACAAAAUUUUAUGAUGCUCAUAUGCACGGCAGCAAAAGCAUCAACCUACCCUACACACGGCCUCAUAAAGCAACGAAACGCCACAACCGAUCCCCACCUUGGCCGCCUUCGCAAUCAAUCCCAUCAAUCUUGCUGUGGAAUUUGCGUCGCUAGCCGCCUACCUGGCCCCCGUGAACCCGAUGCGCAAGGAUUGCCCUGCUUCAGGCAAACAGCCCAUCCCCUGCUCGAACCGCGAACUCCUUUCUUGGCACCUGUUCCCUGUCUGUCACCGACGACACGCGAUCGCAUCUAAGGCAGCCAGAGUCUUGUUUUCUAGAUGCACAGAAGCGUCAUUCAUUCAGGAUUCACUUUAUGCGAUUGCAUCACCGGCUGGCUUGGAAUCGACCUGCACGAUCGAUAUCCUAGACUUAAAGUGACCUUUAGUCAUUCGGCCGAUGCCCACCCAUACCCUACCCAUGGCGACUAGGGCAUGGCUCUUGAAGUGAAUUUGACAUUGGAAAUAGGUUUGCGUUGCGCAUGAAGUCACGGAAGAUGUUUGGAUGAAGAGGCACCAUUGAAUUUGUUAUUUUACGAACACAUCACCAUAUUUCCUAUCUCUUCUGUUUGUCACAUCUACUGUAGUCUCCUUUGUCUUUUUUUUUUUGUACAUAUAUACAAGGUAGUUUUCGCACUCGAGGAUCACAAUCUGACGAGGGAUAUUCUCGCAGAGAGGGUCUGUACCGCAAUAAAGUUUUAGUCUUG